AUGUUGACGGCGAUCCAUGCCGCCCGACCACCAGACUCGCUCAAGGCGAGGGACGGAGACUCCACCGCCGCCGCCGCCGCGACGGCCACAACCACCUCCCUCCCACCGUCGUCCACCGUGACGAACACCCCCAUAAAUCCCACCAGCACGGGCAGCCAACUGACACUGCCCUCUGGCACGAUUGUCGCGCUCGGCCUCGGCUUUGUCGCCGCCGCCAUCUGUGUCGUGCUCACGACAAUCUUGCUCCGCAUCCUCCAGGUCCGCCGCGCCGCCCGCAGUGCACGCACCCGCGGCGAGCAGAUCACCUACCGCCAGAUGUGGCAGCGGUGGGGUGGCUGGUGGGGGCUCAUGUUUGCCCAGACGGACGAUCUGCACAGCAGAGGGCUGUAUGGCGGAAGAAGGAUACGUAUCAAGGUCAAGCAUCUCGAGACGCCCAUCAUGUGGGAAAUCCCACUGCAGACGACAGAGGACCCCCAGGAGUGGUUCGACUAUCAGACUGCGCAGCCCCUCUCCGCAUCGCCUUACCACAUUUCGAAAGAAGACGACGACGUGGCAUUCAGCGUAUUGGUCCUGAUGCCCACCCCACCAAAGGAAGAGGGACAAGAACGAGAUGUCACAGACACACAUCGCAGCAGCAGCAACGGCGGCGACGACGACGACGAGCUCGAGCUGGAUCUCCCAGACAUCAUGCUGGGCACGACACACGUCACCCCUUCGACCACGCUCGUGGACGCCGGCAUCGAGAUUGACAAGCCCGACGACAUCGAGGUCGAAGAGCUCGAGUACGCCCCCGGCCCAACGCUGAUCACGCCGCUCCAAGCGGCCAUGUAUGCUGAGAGGCGGAGGUCGGCGUGGCCGCUCACCUGGGGACUGGACGGCGGGCGACCGGGAAUUUAG